AUGUCUGACAAGUCUGACAAGGGCAAGCAGCCUGCUAGAGAGAAAUCUCAGGACAAGUGGGCUAUAAAUCUCGCCAAGUCUGGUGGUCCUGAGAUCAAGGGUACAACCAUGGAGCAGCUCGUCGAAGCCGGCAGCUCUUCCAAGAAUGCUUCCCUCGCUCCCGUCGGUCAACCUCUCCCCGCUACUCAUAUCACCGUCAUCAUCCGCUUCCCCCACGGCGACGUCCACUUGCCCUUGUUUGUUGUUGGCCGCUACCCCAUGUUCGCUGAAAUGUUUGACAGCGGUAUUCUCCAUUGGCCUGGUGCUUCUCGACGUCAAGCUCAUAUCAUCACUCACUACCUACGGGACCCUAACCCUAAGUACAAGAUGGUUUAUUUCGAGGCUCUGUCCCAUGAGGAUAGACUGGAGCAAGAGUUCACCGAUGCUCUGGCAAUCAAUGGUCAGGCAACUUCUUUCAAUCUUCCUGGACUUGCCCGUCUGGCUCUGGCCCAUAUGGAGGAGUAUGGGGAGAUGAUUCCCCUUACCAGGAUCACAGUCAACCUCAUGGCGAAUGGCGAAUGGUACCAGCGAAACCGGGCCUAUGUUCAACACUACAUCACUCGUCGUUUGACUUCUACCUGCCGAAUGGCUAUGGAUUCUGACCGCAGAUGGUUCGUCCUCCAAACUGGCGAUGCCCUGAUCGACGGCCUUCUUGGUGCAAUCAACAACCUCCGCUUCCCUGACUUGCGCUUUGCACCUGGCCCUCGUCACUACUACUAG